GAAGCGCUCGUUUGGCGCGCGCGCCGUCCGUGCCGGGGCUGCGCUAGGGGCUUGGUUUCUCGCCUCUUUCUCCGCGGUGCUCGGCCUCCUCGGGACCCUGGUGUCCUGGCUGUCGGGGAUGCCGUCUUCCCUGCUGGGCUCGGCGAUGCCGGCCUCCACGUCGGCCACGGCCUCGCAGGAGGCGUUGGAAAGCGCGGGGCGGUUCAUCGACCGCCAGUUGCAGGAUGACCGCAUGUACCCGGACCUCUCCGAUCUGCUCCUGGUGUCGGCCCCGAAUAGUCCCACUGUUUCUGGCAUGUCGGACAUGGAUUAUCCUCUACAAGGACCCGGCUUGCUGUCGGUACCCAACCUUCCAGAGAUCAGCUCCAUCCGAAGAGUUCCUCUCCCACCUGAACUUGUUGAACAGUUUGGACAUAUGCAGUGUAACUGCAUGAUGGGUGUGUUUCCUCCUAUCAGCAGAGCUUGGCUCACAAUUGACAGUGACAUAUUCAUGUGGAACUAUGAAGAUGGAGGAGACCUUGCCUAUUUUGAUGGACUUAGUGAAACUAUUCUUGCUGUGGGGCUUGUGAAACCAAAAGCUGGCAUCUUUCAACCUCAUAUACGACAUCUCCUGGUUUUGGCAACCCCUGUGGAUAUAGUGAUUCUUGGACUCAGCUAUGCUAAUUUGCAAACAGGUCCUGGAGUUCUUAAUGACAGUAUGUGUGGUGGAAUGCAGUUGCUUCCAGAUCCUUUGUAUUCUCUUCCCACUGAUAAUACUUACCUUUUAACAAUAACUUCCACUGAUAAUGGCAGAAUUUUCUUGGCUGGAAAGGACGGCUGUUUAUAUGAAGUAGCAUACCAGGCAGAAGCAGGUUGGUUUAGCCAAAGAUGUAGGAAAAUCAACCACUCAAAGAGCUCACUUUCUUUUCUUGUUCCUUCAUUGCUACAAUUCACAUUCUCAGAAGAUGAUCCUAUUGUUCAAAUUGAAAUUGAUAAUUCUAGAAACAUUUUAUACACACGAUCUGAGAAAGGAGUAAUACAGGUUUAUGAUUUGGGCAGCGAUGGACAAGGAAUGAGCAGAGUUGCCUCAGUGUCGCAGAAUUCUAUAGUCUCUGCUGCUGGAAACAUUGCGAGGACUAUAGAUCGUUCUGUUUUUAAACCAAUUGUUCAAAUAGCAGUGAUUGAAAACUCUGAGUCAUUGGACUGUCAGUUAUUGGCUGUCACACAUGCCGGUGUAAGGUUAUAUUUCAGCACCUGCCCAUUCAGACAGCCAUUAGCACGACCUAAUACAUUGACACUGGUUCAUGUCCGCUUACCUCCUGGGUUCUCAGCAUCUUCCACAGUGGAAAAGCCUUCAAAAGUACAUAAAGCUCUCUAUAGUAAAGGAAUUCUAUUGAUGGCAGCCUCAGAAAAUGAAGAUAAUGACAUUUUGUGGUGUGUCAGCCAUGAUACAUUUCCUUUCCAAAAGCCAAUGAUGGAAACCCAGAUGACGACCCGUGUCGAUGGUCAUUCCUGGGCUCUUUCUGCAAUAGAUGAAUUGAAAGUUGAUAAAAUAAUUACACCUUUAAAUAAGGAUCAUAUUCCAAUAACUGACUCACCAGUUGUUGUACAGCAGCACAUGUUGCCUCCAAAGAAAUUUGUUCUCCUCUCAGCACAGGGGAGUCUUAUGUUUCAUAAACUUAGACCAGUAGAUCAACUGAGGCAUCUACUUGUGAGUAAUGUGGGUGGAGAUGGAGAAGAAAUUGAAAGAUUCUUUAAAUUACAUCAGGAGGACCAGGCUUGUGCAACUUGCCUUAUCCUUGCUUGUUCCACCGCUGCCUGUGAUAGAGAAGUAUCAGCGUGGGCUGCUCGGGCUUUCUUCAGGUACGGCGGUGAAGCACAAAUGAGAUUUCCAGCCACUCUCCCCACCCCCAGUAAUGUUGGUCCCAUCUUGGGCUCCCCUGCCUAUGCUAGUUCUCCUUUUCCUGGUGGUGGUCAGUAUCCAAACCCCUCCUUUUUGGGAACACCAGCUCAAGGUGUACACCCUCCUGUCGUGUCUACCCCAGCUUCAGGGAACCCAGCCAUUCAGGCCCCAAGUAUGAGCUACAUGGCUGGGCCAGAGGUUGUGUACUCCGGAAAGCACAAUGGCAUAUACAUUUACUUUGCUCGAAUCAUGGGAAAUAUCUGGGAUGCUAGUUUAGUUGUGGAAAGAGUAUUCAAGAGUGGCAACAGAGAGAUCACCGCAAUUGAAAGUAGUGUUCCCGCCCAAAUGCUGGAGUCAGUGCUGCUGGAACUAAAAGGCUUGCAAGAAUUUCUAGACAGAAACUCCCAGUUUGCGGGAGGACCACUAGGAAAUCCAAACACUGCAGCCAAAGUGCCGCAGAGGCUCAUCGGAUUCCUGCGUCCUGAGAAUGGGAACACCCAGCAGAUGCAGCAGGAGCUGCAGAGGAAGUUUCAUGAGGCUCAAGUGAGUGAAAAGAUUUCACUUCAGGCGAUCCAGCAAUUGGUCCGGAAAUCAUACCAAGCUCUGGCUUUGUGGAAACUUCUUUGUGAACAUCAGUUCACGGUCAUUGUAGGUGAACUGCAGAAGGAAUUUCAGGAGCAGCUGAAAAUCACCACCUUUAAAGAUCUGGUCGUCCGGGACAAAGAGCUGACCGGGGCAUUAAUUGCUUCUCUGAUCAACUGCUACAUCAGAGACAACGCUGCCGUGGACGGCAUCAGCUCGCACCUGCAGGACAUCUGCCCCCUUCUGUACGGCACCGACGACGCAGUCUGUUCUAAGGCAAAUGAGCUUCUCCAACAUUCCCGACAAGUUCAAAAUAAGAUUGAAAAGGAAAGAAUGUUAAGGGAAUCACUAAAGGAGUAUCAGAAAAUCAGCAAUCAAGUGGACCUUCCUAAUGUCUGUGCUCAGUACAGACAAGUGCGCUUCUAUGAGGGUGUGGUGGAGCUCUCUCUCACUGCCGCUGAGAAGAAGGACCCGCAGGGCCUCGGGCUGCACUUCUACAAGCACGGAGAGCCAGAGGAGGACCUCCUGGGGCUCCAGGCUUUCCAAGAAAGAUUGAACAGCUACAAGUGCAUUACUGACACCCUGCAGGAGCUGGUGAAUCAGAGCAAGGCUGCUCCCCAGUCUCCCAGCGUGCCCAAGAAGCCCGGGCCUCCGGUGCUGUCCUCUGACCCCAACAUGCUGAGCAACGAAGAAGCGGGACACCACUUUGAACAAAUGCUUAAAUUGUGUCAACGAUCCAAAGAUGAGCUCUUUAGUAUUGCCCUUUAUAAUUGGCUAAUCCAAGCUGACCUUACAGAUAAGCUGCUACAGUUCACAUCCCCAUUUCUGGAGCCACAUCUCUCCCGAAUGGCCAAAGUUGAUCAAAACAAAGUCCGUUACAUGGAUUUGCUCUGGAGGUACUACGAGAAGAACAGGAGUUUCAGCAAUGCUGCGCGUGUCCUGUCGAAGCUGGCUGACAUGCACAGCACAGAAAUUUCACUCCAGCAGCGACUAGAGUACAUUGCUCGAGCCAUUCUUAGUGCCAAAAGCUCCACUGCCAUCUCCUCCACAGCUGCUGAUGGGGAAUUCCUUCAUGAAAUGGAAGAAAAAAUGGAGGUUGCUAGGAUCCAACUCCAGAUACAAGACACGCUACAAAGGCAGUACUCCCAUCAUUCUUCUGUACAGGAUGCAAUUUCUCAGCUGGAUUCUGAGCUAAUGGACAUAACUAAGCUUUAUGGGGAAUUUGCUGACCCGUUUAAACUUGCAGAGUGUAAACUUGCAAUAAUUCAUUGUGCCGGUUAUUCAGACCCUAUAUUGGUGCAGACACUUUGGCAAGAUAUCAUAGAGAAAGAACUGAAUGAAAGUGUGGCACUGAGCUCUUCCGAUCGAAUGCACGCCCUUAGUCUGAAGAUUGUCCUCCUUGGCAAAAUGUAUGCGGGCACACCUCGCUUCUUCCCGUUAGACUUUAUUGUGCAGUUCUUAGAGCAGCAAGUUUGUACUUUGAACUGGGAUGUGGGUUUUGUAAUACAGACAAUGAAUGAAAUUGGAGUGCCCUUACCUCGGCUGCUGGACGUCUAUGAUCACUUGUUCAAGUCACGGGAUCCAUUCUGGAACAGAAUGAAGAAGCCACUGCAUCUUUUGGAUUGUUUACAUGUACUAUUGACCAGAUAUGUUGAGAAUCCUAGCCAGGUUUUAAACUGUGAGAGGAGAAGAUUUACAAAUCUCUGCCUGGAUGCUAUUUGUGGUUACCUGGUUGAGCUACAGUCUAUGAGCCCGUCAGCAGCAGUACAAGCCAUCACAGGGAAUUUCAAGUCUCUUCAGGCUAAAUUAGAACGGCUUCAUUAAUUAUCUUAAUGUAUUUUUAUCCAUAUGUUUUGACCUGUAAAAUAAAAUAUCAGCGUGGUUUAGAUAUCAAGUGCUCUAAAUCUAAGAAAUUGAGAACAAUUUUAAUAGAAAUGUGUUUUCAAUAGAUGGCUAGUGUCUAGAAACAACACAUUUACCAGAUGAAUUAUUUUUUACUACUUUGUUUUAUAAUGAGGUUAAAAAACAAUUGAGGUUAAGAUUUUUAUCUUCUUAUUUCCACAGGGAUAGGAAAUAUUUAGAAACUCUUUAUUUGAAUUUUACUGCAGGCAGAAAUUUUGAAUUUACAAUAUUCAUUUUUAAUUUAGUUCAAAGAUGUUGAUAGCAAAAUUUAGAUAGGCUAGCGGAGCAGGCCAUUCGCGUAACACUGGAUUCUGCAACAAUCCUUAAAUAGGCAUACUCACACUCUCUUUAAAGUUUAUUAAGGUUUGGGUUUAUCCUUGGAAAGAAAUUUACUCCAACUACUAAUUUUUUCAGUUACAAUCCUUGAAGAUUAAUAUAUACCCCCUUGUCUUUUGAGCAGGUGAUAAACUUGUAACUAAUGUUCUGUCUUGAAAACCUAUACAGGGAGAUACUGUUUUUCCUAGUGUCUACCUAGUUCAGUGAUGGCGAACCUUUUGAGCUCAGCGUGUCAGCAUUUUGAAAAACCCUAACUUAACUCUGGUGCCGUGUCACAUAUAGAAAUUUUUUGAUAUUUGCAACCAUAGUAAAACAAAGAUUUAUAUGUUUGAUAUUUAUUUUAUAUAUUUAAAUGCCAUUUAACAAAGAAAAAUCAACCAAAAAAAUGAGUUCGCGUGUCACCUCUGACACGCGUGUCAUAGGUUCGCCAUCACUGACCUAAUUCUUUGGCCUUGUGACUACUGACUUUAUUAGAAUAAUGGUUCUCAAAUAGUGUGCACCAAACCAGUACAUCAGCACAUCUGGGAAUUCGUUACAAGUUCAGAUUAUUGAGCCCAUUCCCAAACCUGCUGAGUCCAUAAUUCAGGGGAGCCCAGCACUCUGUGUAACCAGCCCUCUGGGCCUGCAGCACGUCAGGCUGAACCACUGCAUUACAGGAUGCAGCUAGCUGCCGGAUUGUGCUUCCUAUCAGAGUCCUCCCCCUGCCUCCCCCGUCAGUAACCACACCCACGAGUUUACCCAAGACACACAAUAUGUACAGCAGAGUUGUUAGUAAUGUAGUUUUUAGGCUUUAAGAAAAUUGGAAUAACUAAACCAGGUGCCUCAAAGUCAUGGCAACGACGAGGUAAGAGAGGACCAGGACUAAGACACAGACUCCUCUCCUCACGUUUAUGCUACCAGGAGUGUGAUUGCCUUCUUUUUGUUGUCACUAAUGCAUGUCUAACAAUUUUUAAAAUAUAUUGUGGAAAUAUUUUUCCUUCCACUUUUAUUUUCCCCCCAAGAUCAUGAGUUGUCCUUCACAUAUUUAUUCUCUUAGAAUUUAGCUCCCUUUCUCCUAUAACCUCUAAUUUAUAGUAUUUACUAGAAUGUUAAAAUAUACAACUACCUCUCAUAUUUUUUAGAUUUUCAAUUAAAUUUUUUAAUGUGGAUAAUGAA